GAAAAUCAAGAACACACGACCAGAUCGCAUGCAAGCUAGGAGGACACAGAGCAAGCAAAACUGUUGACAAGUUUCGGACUGGCCCCUUCAAAUUGAACACUUUCGAGGCUUUCAAGUAGCUGAUCCAGAUCGUUAUGAUGAGUUGUCCGGGCAGCGCGGCGCUGCGGCCGCCCAGCUUGCCUUCCCGACACUUCAGCCUCGGCUCGGGCCACCGCGUAACACCACUCCUGCCUGCUCGUGAUGUCAGGCACAGCAUGUCAGUUUCAACCCACGCCGCGGGCGACUCAACUGCCCAAACGGAAGCAACUCGGGUGACUUCAUCGAGCAGCGAUUCCGCGAGCCUGCGCCAGGCCCGCAGGCGCACGGUGACGCAGGCUGCUGAGCCCGCUCCGCAAUCCACUGGCCUCCCGCCUGUUGCGGUCGCUGUUGCCGCGGUCGCGGGUAUCGGUGUGCUCGCGGUUUUGUACAACAAGUUCUUCGCCAGUGUUGGCAGCGGCGCCAGGUCUGCAGUGGAGACCCUGCCGCAGGCCGUCAGCCAGGGCAUGCAGCAAAAGCGGCUGCAAAAGGACGCGCAGGCGCGGCUGAACGAGAUGUGUGAUCAGCUGCGGUCGCAACACGCCGUGGAUCUGUCGGCCAAGAACCUGGGCGACGAGGGCACUGCCUAUGUGGUGGAGGCUCUCGCCUUCAACACCACCUGCCGCGCCCUGGACCUAAGCAAGAACGGCAUUGGAGGCGGGCUGGGUGCGGCGGCGCUGGUGCAGGUGCUGCCCAGCGCCGUGAUCCAGACGCUGGUGCUCAACACCAACAGCCUGGGCGACGGCGGCUCGGAGCAGCUGGCCAAGGCCAUUGCGGGCCACCCGCACCUGACCACUCUGGACCUGGGCCAGAACGGCAUCGGCGACGCCGGCGCCACCGCGCUGGCCGAGGCGCUCAAGCUCAACACGCGGCUGCAGCGGCUGGACCUGUCCGGCAAUGCCAUCGACAAGGACGGCGCGGCGGCGCUGGCGGGCGCGGUGGCGGGGAGCAGCACGCUCGAGGUGCUGGUGCUGACGGACAACUACCUGGGCGAGGCCGGCGCGCUGGCGCUGGCGGACGCACUGCGGGCCAACACCAGCGUCAAGGAGCUGCACCUUAAGGGCAACGAGAUGGGUGAUGCGGGCGUCACGGCCAUCUGCGAGGCGCUAAUGUCCCGCGCCUGCGACAUCACCUUCCUGGACCUGGGCAACAACAGCAUCACGGAGGCGGGCGCCACGCACCUGAACCGGCUGCUGUUCCAGAAGCGCUCCCUCAAGGAGCUGCACAUGUACAUGAACGACAUCGGGGACGAGGGCGUGGGCAAGAUGGCUCAGUCCAUUGCGGACAACAAGGGGCUGUCGGUGCUGGACCUGGGCGGCAACAACAUCGGGCCCAAGGGUGUGGCGGUGCUGGCGGGCGCACUGCGCAACCACGGCGCGCUGAGCUCCCUAGAGCUGGGCUACAACCCGUUGGGGCCGGAGGGCACUAAGACCAUCACCGACCUCGCAAAGUUCCAACUGCCCAAGCUGACCACGCUCAAGCUGGGUUGGUGCAAGGUGGCGGGCGGCGACGGCGCCCGCGCGCUGUCUGACCUGCUGCUGCUCAACGCCAGCCUCACGCACCUGGACCUGCGCGGCAACAGCCUGGGCAACGACGGAGCCAUCCUGCUGUCGCGCGGCCUCAAGGCCGCCGAGAACAGCAAGCUCGCGGAUCUGGACCUGGGCUACAACGAGAUCAAGGACGACGGGGCGUGCGCGCUGGCCCAGGCGCUAAAAGCCAACCCCGAGGGCGCCCCUCGUGAGCUGAAGCUUAACUCGAACUACAUUACCCGAUUCGGUCAGGUGGCGCUGAGCGAGGCCGUGGACCAGGUGUUCGACAUGGGCGGCGGUAAGAUGACCACCGUGCACUUCUAGAGGGGGGCAGGGCAGAGGCGAGCAGGCAGGCAGGCAGGCGGGGGACGUACAGGCCUCGAGGCUGAUGAUGCGUGGGGGGCGGGUGGCCGGAGCAGUGUGCGGAGGGAGGGUGCUUUCGGCGACGCUUCGUAGGACAGGGAUGCAGCAGCAGUAGAGGAAGGCAUGGAGGGUUGAAGACACGCGUUUUCGCCUGUGCGUGAGAAGGCUAGGGAAGAGAACGUGUCGUGUGUCGCGUUGGAGUUGCGUUGGGGUGGGGUUCGCGCAUGCUCAGGACCCCAAAGGAAGAAACAGAAGCGGGCUCCAGAUGCAAGGACGCCUAUGCUGGUGCGGCUCGUGCAUACGGUACAUCAGUUUUGGUCGUGAGGUUUGGUGGGGACGAACAAACGCGCGAGUUGUGGCGUUGUGCCUGGUAGUGGAGGCAGCUUGCCUCGUUGAGGGAGCAAAGCCUGAGAGCGGCGGCUGCAGCAUCCGUGCAGUUCUCAAGGAAGACCAAUGAAGACCGACGAAG